AUGGUUGUUGGAGAAAAGGCUGAUCCAGUGGUAACUCGAUUGGUUGAGCAAGAUCAUGUGCCAUGGUACAAGAAACCAAACCUUCGUUCCAUGUACUUUGUCAUGGUCCCAUCAUGUCUUGGUGUCGAAUGGACCUCUGGAUUCGACUCUUCGAUGAUGAACGGUAUCCAGACAAUCGAGAACUGGCAGACUUACUUUGAUCAUCCAAAUGAGGCCAAACUAGGGUUCAUGUCCGCUUCAUACUCUCUGGGUUGUAUUCUUGCGCUUCCAUUUGUCCCGUGGGUGAACGACCGCCAUGGACGUAAGAAGAGUAUCAUCCUUGGUUCCCUUAUUAUGAUUGUCGGCUCCAUUCUUCAGAGUGCAGCUCAGAACUACGCCAUGUUCGUCAUCGCUAGAAUCGUCCUCGGCUUCGGUAUCCCAUUCGCUAUUGUUGCCGCCUCGUCAUUGAUUGGAGAACUCUCAUACCCCAAAGAAAGAGCUGUCUUGACAUCCCUUUUCAACUCUUCAUGGUUUAUCGGUGCUAUCGUUGCUGCCGGUGUGAACUACGGCACUUUCCAGAUGACGAAUACAUGGUCGUGGAGAAUCCCUUCUUUGCUUCAAUGUGUUCCUAGUUUCCUUCAACUUGGCAGCAUCUGGUUUAUUCCGGAGUCACCGCGUUAUCUUAUUGCAAACGAUAGACACGAGGAGGCCCGUGACAUCUUGGUGAAAUACCAUGGUGAGGGAGAUGAGAAUUCUGAGCUAGCCGCAACCGAACUUGCUCAGAUUCAAGCUACCAUUAAGCUCGAGCUUGAGGGUAAGAAGAUGACUUGGCGCCAAUAUUUCACUACUGCCGGGAACCGUCGUCGUGCCGUCCUCGCUCUCUGCAUUGGUGUCUUUACUCAGUGGUCUGGAAACAAUCCGCUUUCAUUCUAUCUUAAGAAGAUUCUCGAUCAAGUUGGUAUCAAAGAUGGAAAGCGUCAAAACUUGGUCAAUCUUGGUAUGACUUGUUGGUCAUGGGUCAACGGUACCUGUAUGGCGCUUGCGGUGUUCAAGUUCAGAAGAAGACAGAUGUACAUGACCUGUAUCUUCGGUAUCCUCACAGUCUAUAUCAUCCUUACAAUCAGUUCAGCAAGAUAUGCGGCAACAGGAAGCACGGCGUCUGGAAUAUUGACCGUGGUGGCUAUUUUCUGUUAUUCGCCAUUCUAUAACAUGGGUUUCAACGCUCUUACCUACACCUACCUUGUUGAGCUCUUCCCCUUCACAAUUCGUUCCAAGGGUAUCACAAUGCAGCAGUGGUGGGGCCGUGCAGCAACUUUCUGUAACACCUUCAUUAACCCCAUCGGAAUGGACAAUAUUGGAUGGCGAUACUAUAUCUGGUACUGCUGCUGGAUUACUGUUGAGGGUACUGUCAUAUACUUUUUCUUCCCAGAAACCGCUGGGCGUACUCUUGAGGAGUUAUCUUUCUUGUUCGAGGGUGAUGAUGUCAGGGCCGAGGUAACGCAAAAGGUGGCGAAGCAGAUUGGAGAGCUUGAACAUCGUGAGAUUGUUGUUGGCAAAGAUGAGAAAGUCUAG